CAACUGGGUACUUUUUCCAUCACUGCCCUCUACCUCCAAUAAACUAAGGUUACAUCAGAUUCACUUCAACAUGGUCAAAAGUUUCGACCGUUUCUGGGUUCUGGUGCCGCUAAACUGUAUUGUUAGAGAUGACGUUCCUAUGGACUGCAGUUGCUUUCUUCCUCUAUGUGGAAAUAGGUGUACUCCUCAUCCUCUGUCUACCCUUCAUCUCAAUCACCAGAAUGCAAAGUAUCUUCCAGCUGAGAAUAUGGAACAAAAUGUCCAGGAUUUGGACCAAAUUCUUCCUCAACAUCAAAUUAUCCUACAUCAUGAUCACAAUCCUUAUAGGCCUCUUGAUUGACUCUUUGCGUGAGAUGUGGAAGUAUUCGGGGGCGAAGAACAACAAGGAUGCUAUUCUGCAGCCCAACAUGUUUAACCACCUCCACAUGAAGCUGUUCAGAGCCCAGAGGAACCUCUUCAUCGCCGGCUUUUCCCUUUUCCUCUGGCUAGUGCUGAGGCGGGUGAUCACUCUGAUCAACCAGCUGGCGACGGCGUCUAGCACCACGGCCUCUCUGCAGACCAAGGCAGAGAGUGACAACCAAACUGCCAAGAAAUACAUGGAGGACAACGCGCUACUGAAACAGACUCUGAUGGAUGGGAAGGGGAACAAGGCCACAGCAGAUGGAAACGAGCUGCUGAGAAAAGAGAUGGAGAAACUGAGAGAAGAACUGAAGGGUUCAGAGGAAGCCUUGAAAAUGUCCCAAUCCGAGAUGGAAGCUAUGAAGAAACAAUCCGAUGGACUGACCAAAGAAUACGACCGACUGCUGAAAGAACACCAGAAUCUUCAAGAGAGUGGAGACAAAAAGGAUGAUUGAUCGGGCUUAUGACUACAGCGGUCAGAACGUUUACAGAUUGUACCAAGAAACCAGAAAAAAACACUGUCACACAUGCUAUCAUUUUCCUUUGACAUACUGAAGCACUGCAUGAUGUCACCAAAAUACUCCUCCAAAGCACCACUGAGCCGCCAAACAUUAGAUAAAAAGCACCUUAGCACGUUUGUAAUAGAAUAGCUACUACACCAGCCUAGAAAUAGUGUUUAUAGUAUUUGCUGACUUUUGGAGAAUUUCACAGUUGUGAAUGAAUGCCUGCAUGCAUGGCUGUACAAGCUUCAGAUUACAGUGGUCUUCUACUGUGAAUGUAUUUUUGAUGUAAUGGGCUUGCUAUGCUGUUUUUUCCCUGUAUAUGGCAAGAGCACCAUUGCAUUCAUAUAAAUGAUGUCUAUAUUCCAGUUUUUUACCUUAGCAACUAUGCAGAUUACAGAUUGAAUUGUAUGUUUUUUGUAAAACGAAAUGAGCAUUCAGUUCAUAGGGGUAGGGAAGCUAUAUUGAGUCAUUUUUAUUGUUAAAUAUUUAUCAAUGGUGAUGUUUUGUUUCCAUUCCUCUGGAGAUAUUCCACGUACUUAGAUGUUAAGUGGUUUGAGAAUAUUACACAGGGUCAGGGUUCGGCUAGAUUGAAAAUCCUAUAUGGGGUCAUGAUUUUCAAGGAUUCUCAAACACUUACAAAAGUGUGAGGUGAUUCCAGUGGUGUAAAGUACUUCAGUAGUACUUUAAUGUAUUUUUACUUGUUGUUUUUUGGGGUAUCUGUACUUUAUAUUUGACUACUUUUACUUCACCAAUUCCUGAAGAAAAUAUUGUACUUUUUAC